GCCGGAGAGCAUCCAUUUUUUAUUAGUAGAUAAGAGCGAGAUCGCGGGGGCCAACGGCUCGGUGCCAACUGUCGCCGGUGUGGCCCGCACGGCGCGAAUCGCCCGACAACUCGGGCGCUGCCGCGGCCCCUCUGUCCCCGUCGCAUCCCACCCACUUGCCAUGUCACGACGGCCGCCAGCGACAGCGACGAGCUCGUCACAGCCUUCCGCCGCGAUCGCGACGCCACUGCUGUGGAAUCGUCGAGGCUUGAUUCACCGCGCGCGCACGGCACGGACGUCCGGCCGCUGCAGCGUUUUAACUGCGCACGACACGGGCCCGGGACGCAACCCGAUGAGGUGAGGAGGCGCACGGGCACAGGCACAGGCACGGGCGAACAAAUUGACCCGGGAGCCGGGACGGCGACUUCCGUGGUCAGUCGGUCCUCCACGUCGCUCGUUCGCGCCGAAGACCCGCCCAGGCCGCCCCACACGGCCACAGCUCAAAUCCUGAGCAGAGUGGGAAAGCUUGGCUGAGAAUCGCUUCGUCCCGACAGCCACUACUAGGAAUUGCCGAGCGAGCGAGCUUGCGCCGUGCGCGAUGGAGGGUGACGAGAAGUCGGCGGGCGGGGCCCCUGCUUACUGGGGCCUGGGCGCGCGGCCCUGCGACGCGUGCGGCGCCGAGGCGGCGCGCCUCUACUGCCGCGCGGACGCGGCGUUCCUGUGCGCCGGGUGCGACGCGCGGGCGCACGGCGCCGGGUCGCGCCACGCGCGGGUCUGGCUCUGCGAGGUCUGCGAGCACGCGCCGGCGGCGGUCACGUGCCGCGCGGACGCUGCCGCGCUCUGCGCCUCCUGCGACGCCGACAUCCACUCGGCGAACCCGCUCGCGCGCCGCCACGAGCGCCUCCACGUGGCGCCCUUCUUCGGCGCGCUGGCCGACGCGCCCAAGCCCUUCGCCUCGGCGGCGCCGCCCAAAGCAACCGACGACGACGGGAGCAACGAGGACGAGGCGGCGUCGUGGCUCCUCCCCGAGCCCGACCACGGGCAGAAAGAAGGCGCCACGACGGAGGUGUUCUUCGCGGACUCUGACCCGUACCUCGACCUCGACUUCGCGCGUUCCAUGGACGAAAUCAAGACCAUCGGCGUCCAGCAGAGCGGGUCACCAGAGCUCGACCUCGCCGGCACCAAGCUCUUCUACUCCGAUCACUCCGUGAACCACAGUACACGGAUACGAUUGCAGGUGUCAUCGUCGGAGGCAGCGGUUGUGCCCGACGCGGCGUCUGGCAUGGCGCCCAUGGUGGCAGUGGUCAGCAGGGGCCUGGAGCGAGAGGCGCGGCUGAUGCGGUACCGGGAGAAGCGCAAGAGCAGGCGGUUCGAGAAGACGAUCCGGUACGCGUCCCGCAAGGCGUACGCGGAGACGCGGCCGCGCAUCAAGGGCCGGUUCGCCAAGCGCACGCCCGGGGCUGGGGAGGACACGCUGGAGGAGCACGAGGAGAUGUACUCCUCCGCCGCUGCCGCCGUGGCUGCGCUCAUGGCCCCCGGCGGAGCCGAUGCGGACUACGGCGUCGUGCCCACAUAUUGAUCUAUGCAAUUGCAACGCCGACAUGUACACUAGUUAGCCUCGUGCUCUGGGGCUGUAAUUUUUGCUGCAUGCAUUGCAUGCAAAGCUCUUAUUGAUUGCCUGUAUGAUUAACGGAAGCCAUUACAAGCAAGGACUUCCUCCCUCCUUUUCAAUUCCUAUGUAUAUUACUAUCAUCACUACGAGCUGCUAAUCUGCAUCUUUUUAUUCUUAGUAAUUACUUAAACAAGAUGGUCUUUCUUGA